GGUGCGCCCGCACAAGAUAUGUGCAACAUUAUUGCCCAACUGACCGCGCUGCUCGAGCAUCAGACAAACAUAACUCCAGCAGCCAGUUUCCAUUUGCAGCUCACUGUGCCUACAUAUGAAGGGCACACAGAUACGAAAUCGGUGGCGGACUUCCUUCAGGAAAUGGAAGAUUACCGAAAUGCGCAAGCCAUUACGGAUGACGUUCUUCUUCAGCGCGUUUUGCCCGUCGCCCUGACUGGGUCCGCCGCCCGCUGGCGUCGUCGCCAGUCAUUCCAAAGUUGGGCGCACUUUGAGCAGCUACUGCGAGCAGAAUUCCUCCCCCCCGACUACGUUGUCCGCAUGAAAGACGAGCUUCGCGCCCGUAGUCAGGCGGAGGAGGAAAGCCUCCUAGAAUACAUACGGUCCUUUCAGGAGCUUUACGAGCGCGCAGAUCCUUCAGCACCCGAAACGGAAAGAGUCACCCGGGCAAUCCGGCAAGCUCACCCAUGCUUCCAGGCUUAUCUAAGGGGCCGCACCUUCUCUUCGCUUGACGAUCUCGCUAAAGCGGCGUCCGAUAUUCAGGCGUCGAUGUUGGCAGAGCUAACUUACCAGCCUCCACCCCCGCCUCAAGCCUCCCUCGAGCCGUCUUGCGCGUGGCACGGUUCUCAGAUUGCAAGCCCGGGGAAUAUGGUACCGCCUCCAAGGGCGCUGGACCCAUUCAUUCACCGCACCUUUGCCACCCAGGUACCUUUCGGGUCUCCGGUCGCGGAACUUGCCACAACGUUGCGAGGCACUCGGGGCCGCAGCAGGCCUGUAGUGGCUGCCGCCCAAUCAGGCGCAGCAGAUACACGCAGGAGCAUUCCAGUCUGCUUCCAGUGUGGAGGACGAGGCCACUACAGGAGCCAGUGCCCGAGCCCCCCUGGCUCCCGCCAGCAGGGAAACGACGAGGGCCGGCGGUGGUGAGCAGCUCCCAGUCGCCGGCCAACGACCUACCGCGCCCCGACGUCCCCUCAGCACAUGCAGACUACGCGGCCGUCAAGCACCAAGCGGGGGCAGGUGUUUCCAAGACUACGAAAAGCCGGGUGUUUUGGUCGUCUCACCAUCCUGCUGCCACGGCGUUGAGCCGCGGACAACCUCGGCAGCGGGGAGGGGGAAAGAAACGGCUCCUCACACUCGAAUCACCACCGGCAUCAACGGUAGUAGGUGUACCGGAAAGGUGUCGCCCCCCCAGAUCGAAGGCCCAGGAUCUUGGCCAAAUGGUGAGGGCUUUGCCGUCCACGUUCAGUCUUCUUGACGCCCAGAUUGAGAAAACACCAUGGGUGGUGGUCAGAAUGGCCGGAAUAGAAGUACCUGCUAUUUUAGACACCGGCUCUGCUGUUUCCGUUUUCGGCGAUCGUGUCAAAAGCGCCUGCGAGACGAAACGUCUACAGUUACGAAGUGUAAACACGACCCUUCGCAUGGCAUCCGCUCACGUUGCGUCCGCUACGUCAGCAGCCCGGUUAACGGUUACCAUGAAUGAUAAAAAAUUCCGGCAACGCUUCCUACACCUUCCAGGACUUUCUUGUCCGGUGAUUUUGGGCCGUAACUUCAUAGCCAAAGCAGGAAUCGUUCUCGAUCUCUCUAAAGGCACCUACCAGUACGGCAUGCAUGCACAUCCACUCGAGUUCAUGACUAAGCCAAGA